GCCGAUAUUAUUCUGAGAUUGUAACGGAAAGAAAGGCAGAGAGAGCGUGAGAGAGAUUGAGGGAGAGAAAGAGAGAGAGAGAGAGAGAGAGAGAGGGAGAGAUGAGAGGAAUAUCAGGAAUUCGUCGUCUCGUCAACACUAGAAAUAUCAGACAAUUAUCAUCAUCAUCAAUCCUCCCCAAAACCAAAACCCUAGCUUCAUCAUCAUCAUCAUCAUCAUCACCUGCACUAAGAGCGUCUCCACAGUCUGUCACGCAUCCCAGGCCCUCGUUUCACUUCCCCCCAUUUUCCUACCGAAAUUACAGCUCUUCUUCCGCAGGUCCAUCAAAUAUUGUAAUGGUUGAAUCUGAAGAGCAGUUUAAUAGUUCGAUGCGCAAGGUGAAAGAUAACUCACAGCCAGCAAUAUAUUACUUCACUGCGGUCUGGUGUCCACCAUGUAAGUUGUUAUCUCCUAUUAUUGGUCAAUUGAGUGAGAAGUACCCUCAUGUUACCACGUAUAAGGUCGACAUCGAUCAUAAGGAACUUGGGAAUGUGUUGAGCAAGCUAGAUAUCAACUCUGUGCCGAGAUUACAUUUCUUCCAUAAUGGAGAAAAGGCCUCUGAAGUAGUUGGUGCUGAUGUUGAGCGGAUAAAGGAUACGAUGGAAAAGCUCUACAAGUGAAAAUGCGUUGGGUUGCUGUGAUUCUCCACCCGUGUGUGAAUUGAGAAAAUAUUUUGUUCAAUCUUUGAUCAGAGUUGGUGAUAUGUCCCUCCAAGCAAAUCGAAGUACUUUGAUGCACUUCUAGACCUAAGUAAACGUUUUUUUCAAAGAAUGUUGGCAACUAUUGUGAUCACAGAUGCAGUAUUUUGUCUUGUGUACCCUUUAUAAAUUAAAGUUUUAUAUUUUGAAUAUAUUUGUACUAGCAUA